AUGCGUCGUCCUCAUUUUAAUCCUCAUCAAUACAACGGUAACAAUCAACAGCUCCAAAACAAUGGCGUCAAUCUUCCACCACCACAACAGCAGGUUUUUGGGAACCAAGGUAAUUUUGGCCCUAAUCCAAUGCAAAUGGGGCCUCAAUUUCAAAUGGGAAUGCUCAACAAUCCUCAAUUAGGAAUGCCACCCUUUAACAACCCAAAUGCCUAUUUUCCCCAACCCCAGUUUUUCCCCUUUCCGCAAGGUCCUAUGCAGAAUCUGAAUGCCAACAACUUAGCUCAGCUCUUGGUACAAAAUGCUGUAAACUUACCUCAUUUCUUGCCGAAUGGGCAAAUGGGGGUGCCGAAUUUAAUGCAAAAUGUGAACCAGCUUCUGCACAUGCAAAUGGCGAAUUCUAGCCUUCAAAAUCCGCGUCCUUUUGGCAACGGGCAAUUGGGUAUGGGUAUGCCGAAUGGCAACGUUUUAAAUAAUAUGAACCAGAAUGCUGCUGCGACUAAUGUUUUGAAUUCUCCUCAAGUGCAACACAGUCAGAAUGUCUUUUCUCCGGGCGCUGCAAAUUCACAGAUUAUUGGAUGA